CCCUCUUAAAUGCAUUUCCCCUGAACUGAAUGAGGAUUUUGUGCCCUGGAUCCUUCCUCUCUCUGUUUGCAAUGAAAAGAUUAUCAGUUGGUCUACAAAUAUGUUCUGGUUUUAUGUGGCAUCUGCAGCCACCAUGUUAUGGGGGUCGUGUGCUUGACUCAUUUCGUAGUUCACUAUCUCCAAGAACAGUCGAGGCACUUGUUUGUACACAAAAUUGGUUGAAAGAUCCAAUACCCAUUGAUCUUCGUGCCUCCUUAGAUAAUAUUGAAAGCUUUGAGGCGCCGGAAUUGGUCCAAAAUCAAGCUUUGCUUAUGAUGAUGAGAUUGAGGAGUAACUCAAGGCUUAUGGUAUGCAUGAAUGAUUCACUUGCAAAAUGGUGGAUUAAAAUAGAAUGUAGGUAGUAGCUUUGGAAUGUGAUGCAAGGGAAUUUUGUUGCUGCCUUCUCAACAAAUUAUGGAAUUGGUUUUAAUAGUUUGGUAGAUGUUUUAAUGGUUUUAAUAGCAAUUGUAUAGAAAAAGAUGUUUAUUUUUGUUGUUUUUCUCUUGAUAGUUUUGUACUAGUAUUUUGCUCAUUCCUUAGUAAUGAAAUGAUAUUUAUUUGUAUGGAAAA